AUGAAAGCAGAAUGUGUUGCUAGUCAAUCAAAAUGGUGCAAGAAGUGCAAUACAACCAAUAUUGAUAAUAGAAAACAUAUUUGCUCUAAAUGUAAUGAAAAAUUAGAUAUGUUAGCUACAUUACAAGCGGAAUCAAAUAAUGAGUUUAUUCAAGCUAGUUGUAGACAUCCUAUAUAUCAUUAUAUUGAGAUUGAUUAUGAGGAACAAUUAUUACGAUUAUAUUCUGAAAUCAGAAAGAUAGUAGAAUUAUACUCUAUUAUUUCACGAUCAAGCUAUUGUAAUCAACAUCAAGGCCUUGAUGCUAUCCUUGAAGAAAUUAAUAAAUAUUUAAAGGCCUUAAUUCUACCUAUAUCCACACAGCGACAUUGA